AUGCAGGUCUGGACUCCGGGCAAUGAUUAUACCGAGAGGCUGCAUGUUGGGGCUGCGUAUCAAGCGGCCGUGAAGCUUUACCUCUCACGCAUGCUGCCCGAUGUCUCUGCCGGCAUAUGCUCCCAGGAGGGGCAAACCAGACUAGUGCAGGUCAUCAUCAACCACGUGUCACAGGUUCCGCCUUCCAGCGCAUUGUUCAAGUCGGCCAUCUGGUCAUCGUUCGUUGCUGGAGCCGAGACGACGAACCCUCGCCACCGAGACUGGGUUGCGACCCGUCUGGACACUGUUUCGGCGCAACUCCCGUGGUAG